AUGCCCCCGUCGACCCAUCCUUUACACCUUUCCCCCACGCACCACCAGGCCGACGACAACCCCAUCCGCCUGCGCCUCACGCCCCUCAAACCGGCCGACGACAACCCCAUCUGCCUGCACGUCACGCCCCUCAAGCCCCUGGCCCGGGACGAAACCGACGUAUUCGUGCCGGCAAACUGGAAGCUCAACUUUCUCGCCCCCUGCACCAACCUGCACUCGCUCUCUCUCGGCCUAGGCGCAUGGCGUCUGGACAAGUCCUGUGUGAAGGCUCGCUGGAUGCGCUCCCUACGGAGCCUAACACUAGAAGGCGUGGAUCCCAGGGGUGUGUGCUUGAAGGCCCUGGCUGAUCUUACCCCGCAGCUGCAUGAUUUUACGUUCUGCGAGCCUCAGCACCUCCAGGAGUGGGGGGAGACGUCGGGGCCGGUGUUUCUUGCCUUGGACUUUCCCAAUGCUCGCCGCGUCUGCUUCCGCUUCCUGCAUCACGAGCUGAAGCUGAAGCUGUCUUUGCCUGCCGCUUUCCACACCUUUUCCGCCUGCGCCCAGUCGCUCAUACUCAGCUGCAGCAGCACCGGUGCCUUGAGUCUGGAGGAGCUGUUUCUCUAUGCGAAAGAGAAGAUACAUGUCUCCUGGUUUGAUGUUGCUUCGGUCCGAGCUCUCUACCUGAAUGCUCCAAUCAGGCUCCUGCCGAGCGCCACAUCACGCGCGCACAGGAUGGGGCCGCAGCACGGGGGGGUCUACACCACGCGGCCGCAGCCAUUAUUUUCCUGGGCAGAUUGGCUGCGCGCAGUAGCGCCAACAGUGGAGGCGCUUAUAACGAGGCAUGAUAUCAACGUGGAGUCAUGCCGCCUUUCCUGGCCUCGGCAGCGCAGCCUUGGGGUUGUGGUGGAGAGCGACUGUGAUGUGGGGGGCAUGGUGUGCGAGGAGAUUACAGUGGAAGAUGCAGACGAGGGGGAGGACGAUGACUCGGUGCUGUGGAAGCGGGAGAAGCGGCGGAUGGAGAGGAGGCAGGAGCGCAGGGAUCAGCAGAGGCACACUCUCCGCGGCCGCACGCGGUUCCACGCAGGCCCGUUCGGCAAACAGGUGGCUGCAGGGGCUGAUGAUGGCGACCGCACAGAGUCUAUCUAUGCGACUGCAGCAGGCUCGGAAAGUGAUGAGGAGGAGGAGGAGGAGCAGCGAGACCCGUUUGCUGAUAACGAGUCAGAAGGCCGGGAAGAGUUCCCUGAGCUUCCGUUUCUGGAAGCUCCGAAUCUGCAGGCUCUCUUCUUCCCAAGCCGCUGCCAGGUGCCUCCCGAACUACUGGUUACCCUCAAGGAUCGAUACCCGUUGUUGGCGCUGUACUGUGUUGUGUGGCGCACGUUCUACUGGGAGCGGAAGGGACGCACGGUGGAGGGAGGGCCCGUGGAACACCGGAGGCAGCACAGGGGUGUGAAGAAGAGCCCGUCGUUUCGCAACGGGCGCAAGUCCGUGCGGGAUAAGAUGCACAGUGUGAAUGGGGGAUUGAUGGCGGGGUAUAGUCUGGGCGAGGAGGAUAGGUACAUGGUGGAUAAGAAGGACUGGACGGCGGUUUUCUGUGCCGAGGACCACCCAAUGCCUGAGCUCCCUGCGCCGGAUGCUCCCUUUACAGAAGCGGAGGACCGAUGGGAGGGUGAAGAGGAUGAUGAGGACGAGGAGGGAGAGGUGGGGGUAGGGGUGGGGAGUGGGAGUUGGUAG